AUGCGGCGCUCUCCUUUACUCAUUACGUUGUUAUUUACGUUAGCGUUGGCUUAUUACGUGCACACGCCUUUACCUGACGCCUUAGAAGAGAGAUGGAAAUGUGUGCUAUUGGAUGUGCUUAUACGGACUGUAGGGCAUGCUGCCAAACUGAUGCAGUGGCUCGGCUUUGGCCACCACAUCCAGAACUUGCGUUGGUUCUCCGUGCUGCUGGAGGGCACACCUGGGCCAGACUUUGUCCCUGGAGUUAAAGCGAGGGAUGAGACCUUCGCAGGAGUCCCAGUCCGAGUGUACGAAGCGUCUGGGGGAGAGGGGGGUCUGAAGAGAGGCCUGCUGUACUUCCACGGAGGCGGAUGGGCCCUGGGCAGUGCUAAGAUCGGAGCUUAUGAAAAAGACUGUCGUAUCCUGUCUAAGGAGCUCAACGCAGUAGUGGUGUCUGUGGAAUACCGUCUUUACCCAGAGGUGCAGUUCCCGGUGCCGUACCAGGACUGUUUCGCUGCAGCUAAGCACUUCCUGUCUGCAGAGGUUUUGUCCAGACUCUCUGUGGAUCCGGAGCGAGUGGCCGUGUCCGGAGACAGCGCCGGGGGAAACCUGGCUGCAGCAGUGUCCCAGGAGAUCUCCCAAGACUCCAGCGUGAAAGUCAAAUUCCGGGUCCAGGCUUUGAUUUACCCUGCUCUCCAGGCUCUGGACUUCAACACUCCGUCAUAUAUCCAAAACAGCAGAGGCCCUGUGCUUCCUCUGUCCGCCCUGGCCAAGUUCUGGAUGCAGUAUUUGGGAGUGGACCUUUCUCUGUUGGACCAAGUUUUGGCAAACCACCACAGCUCUCAGCAGCAGUCUCUUCUCACCCCUGAACUAAGAGCGCGUUUUGACUGGACCCGGUUGCUCUCAGCAAAGCAUCGUCAGAACUACAAACCGGUGGUAGCAGACAAAGGAUUGGAUGGUAUUCUAGAGAAGAUACCCGCUCUUUUAGACGUCCGCGCCUUUCCGCUUUUGGCUGACGCAGAGGUGCUGUCCAAAUGCCCCAAAGCUUACAUCAUGACCUGCGAGUUUGACGUGUUGAGAGAUGAUGGAUUGAUGUAUGCGCGGCGCUUAGAGGACGCUGGGGUCCAGGUCACCAGUGUUCAUCAUGAGGCAGGCUUUCACGGAUGUUUUUCUAUGGCUGCAUUGUUUGAAGUGGGAAAGAGAGCUCAGAAACACUACAUUAACUGGCUGCUGGACAAUCUGUAG